AUGUGCGACUUGCUUGACUCGCAGCAGCCGGCCGAGAAACUGAGCAGAAUGAAAAAGUUACGGCGAACUUUGUCGGAGAGUUUCGGCAGACUAGCCUUGAACAAAGAUGAUAAUGGCUUUGAUGAGAUAUGCGUCACAAAGAUGUCCACACGGAAUUGCCAAGGAAUGGAUUCUGUGAUCAAACCUUUGGACACAAUUCCAGAAGACAAAAAAGUCAGAGUUCAGAGGACACAAAGCACUUUUGACCCAUUUGAGAAGCCAAAUAGUCAAGUAAAAAGGGUGCAUUCAGAGAACAACGCCUGCAUUAGCUUCAAAUCUUCAUCAACUGAGAAGGAAUCUCCUAAAAUCAGACGACAUUCCAGUCCUAGUUCUCCAACAAGUCCCAAAUUUGGAAAAGCUGAUUCUUAUGAAAAACUGGAAAAACUGGGUGAAGGUUCAUAUGCUACAGUGUACAAAGGGAAAAGCAAAGUAAAUGGAAAGUUAGUAGCACUGAAAGUAAUAAGACUUCAAGAAGAAGAAGGUGCUCCAUUUACAGCUAUCAGAGAAGCGUCUCUCUUGAAAGGUCUCAAACAUGCUAAUAUUGUGCUGCUUCAUGAUAUCAUCCAUACAAAGGAGACACUGACACUGGUAUUUGAGUUUGUGCACACAGAUUUAUGUCAGUACAUGGACAAACAUCCUGGAGGACUUCAUCCAGAUAAUGUGAAGUUAUUUUUAUUUCAAUUGCUGCGAGGACUUUCGUACAUCCACCAACGUUACAUUUUGCACAGGGAUCUGAAACCCCAAAAUCUUCUGAUCAGUGACACUGGGGAGUUGAAACUUGCAGAUUUUGGUCUUGCAAGAGCUAAAUCUGUUCCUAGUCACACUUACUCUAAUGAAGUGGUAACCCUUUGGUAUCGACCUCCAGAUGUUCUCUUGGGCUCAACAGAAUAUUCCACUUGCCUCGAUAUGUGGGGAGUUGGUUGCAUUUUUGUGGAAAUGAUUCAAGGAGUUGCUGCUUUUCCAGGAAUGAAAGAUAUUCAGGAUCAGCUUGAAAGAAUAUUUCUGGUUCUAGGAACUCCAAAUGAAGAGUCAUGGCCUGGAGUUCAUGCGCUACCACAUUUCAAGCCAGAUCGCUUUACACAGUACAGUGCUAAAAAUCUUAGACAAGCCUGGAAUAAAUUAAGCUACAUGGAUCAUGCAGAGGAUCUGGCUUCCAAAUUACUCCAGUGUUUCCCCAAAAACAGAUUGUCAGCACAGGCAGCUUUGAGCCAUGAGUACUUCAGUGAUCUUCCUCCACGGCUAUGGGAUCUAACUGAUAUGUCAUCUAUUUUUUCUGUAUCGAAUGUAAGACUGCAAGUGGAAGCUGGAGAAAGCACAAAAGCUUUUGGGAAAAACAUUUAUGGCAAAGGUCAAUCACAUGUAAAGCACUGAAGAGAAUUUUGAUUUCCUACAAA